AUGACUGUAGGAACCGCUGAAAUCCCCGUGCUCGACAUCUCAUCCUUGAAGGAUGAUGACCCGCAGACGGCUGAGUCACUAGUGGCCGCUUUUGUGAGACACGGAUUCGUUUACAUCAGAAGUCUUGAGAAAGACAUCGCAACCGGCGAUAUCAACCAAGCGUUUGCCAUUUCUAAAGAGUUUUUUGAUUCGCCAGCCGCCGAAAAGGCAAAGACACCCUUGAAGGAUGCAAGUUACGCUCUAAUGACGGAAAUGGGAGAGCGAGCUAACACUUGGCAGAACAAGGGCUGGGGCGGCGUACAGAGCGAGACUUUGGACCCCAAGUUACAGGUGAGAGGUGACUUCAAAGAAGUCUUCAACCUGGGAGAGUUCGUCGAGGGCAAGGCACAGCAACCCUUGCCCAAGUCUCUGGCCAGCCAUGAGCAAGAGAUUGGCCAAUUUGGCCGACUAUGCCAUGCCUUGUGCGUAAAGCUCCUUCGGCUCCUGGCCAUUGGCCUCAAGAUCGACGACACAAAUGGUUCUGCAGACUGGUUCGCCGCAAGGCACGCCCCGGAGCCUGGAACUUCCUCGUGCACCUUGCGUCUGCUUUGGUAUCCGUCUGUGGCGGAGAACGAUGACUACGAGCCAGACGGCGCCCACACUGACUACGGGAGCAUCACUCUGCUUUUCCAACGCCCUGGCCAGCCUGGCCUCGAGGUUCUAACCCCCGACAAGAAAUGGGCACCUGUGCCAGUCUUUCCGCCGGGGACCGAGUCAGACGCAUCGCCGCCGAUCUUGGUCAACAUUGGUGAUCUUUUGUCCUACUGGACGAAUUCCCUUCUCAAAUCAACAGUUCACCGCGUCAUCUUCCCCAAGGAGUCAAGGCGCGGAGGCGAGGACAGAUAUUCCAUUGCAUAUUUCUGCCAUCCGUUCAGUGAUGCAAAACUUCUCCCAGUCCCAAGUCCGAUGAUACUCAAUCAAACGGAGGGACUCCAGGAGAGAGAUGCGUUGACUGCGAGAGAGCACCUUUUGCUGCGGCUUGCUGCUACUCGUGACUAG